GGAAGAAGUGUGAGUGGCUCCAAGUGUGGCGAGAGCUUCAAUCGUUCAUCGAGCCUCAUGAACCAUUGACUCAUUCCUACAGGUGAGAGGCUGGUGAAGAGUGAGGAGGGCUCCACAGACUCUUAAUAUCUCCUAACACACAAGAUGCUUCUGUAAGAACCACAAUUAACAGAAGGAUAGCUACAUGGAAGAGAAGCCGUUCAAGUGUGAGAUGUGUGAUAAAGCUUUUGUGACAUCUUUGAGCUUCAUGAGACACCAGAAGAUUCACAUGAGGGAGAAACCCUUCAGGUGUGAGGUGUGUGAAGUGACUUACACCAAUUCCUCCAAUCUCCUGAGACACCAGAGGAUCCAUACGGGAGAGAAGUCCUUCAGGUGUGAGGUGUGCAACAAAUCAUUCUCACAGUCGUCGCACCUCCUCGACCACCAACGCAUUCACACAGGGGACAAACCAUUCAAAUGCGAAGUGUGCAAAAAGGCAUUCUCACGGUUAUCAGAUCUUCGUGUACACCAACGCAUUCACACUGGGGAGAAACCAUUUAUGUGCGAGGUUUGUGAUAAAGCAUUUUCGGAUUCAUCGGCCCUCCGUGUCCACCGACGCAUUCACACAGGGGAGAAACCAUUCACAUGUGAGGUGUGUGACAAAUCAUUCUCGCGGACAACGAGCCUUCGGGUACACCAACGCAUCCACACAAGGGAGCAACUAUUCCAGUGUGAGGUGUGCAGCAAAUCAUUCUCACAGUUAUCGAAACUCUUGUUCCAUCAGACAGUCCACACAGGGGAGACACCAUACAAGUGUGAGGUAUGUACCAAGGUCUUCAGGCAGUUAUCAAAGCUCCUGGUCCAUCUUAGGGUCCACACUGGGGAGAAAACAUUCAAAUGCGAGGAAUGCGACAAAGCAUUCUCACAGUCAUCUAGCCUCCGCAGCCACCAACGUGUUCACACAGGAGAGAAACCGUUCACGUGCGAGGUGUGCGACAAAUCAUUCUCAAUGUCAUCGAGCCUCCGCAGCCAUCAACAUGUUCACACUGGCGAGAAACCAUUCACAUGUGAGGUGUGUGACAAAUCAUUCUCAGAUUCAUCGACUCUCAGGGGACAUCGCCGCAUCCACAUAGGAGAAAAACCAUUCACAUGUGAAGUUUGUGGCAAAUUAUUCUCACGGUCAGCAGAGCUCUGUGUGCACCAACGCAUCCACACAGGGGAGAGACCAUUCAUGUGUGAGGUGUGUGACAAAGCCUUCACGCAGUCAUCAAAGCUGCUGGUCCAUAGAAGGAUUCACACAGGGGAGAAACCAUUCAUGUGUGCGGUGUGUGACAAAUCAUUCUCGCAGUCAUCGAGCCUCCGCAGACACCAACGCAUUCACACAGGGGUGAAACCAUUCAUGUAUGAGGUGUGUAACAAAUCAUUCUUGAACCCUCCGUGUACACCAACGUAUUCACAGGAAGUAACCGUUCAAGUGUGAGGAAUGUGAUCAAGGUUUUUGAAGCUACUGGUCCAUCAGACAAGGCCACACAGGGGAGAAAGCAUUGAAGAUUGAGAUGUACAACAAAUCAUUCUUACAGUUAUCUAAACUCUUGUUCCAUCAGAUGAUCCACAAGGGAGUAAUCAUUCAAGUGUGAGGUUUGUGAUAAAGCUUUCUUGAUGACUUUGAUGUGAGAUAUUGAUGUGAGUUCUGUAAUAAAGCCUUUACACAGCUGUUGGACCUUCUGGAACAACAGCGAACCCACAGGGGAGCUACCUAGCCAAGUUUUUGCCCAAUUUGUCCUCAGAUUGUGACUCUCUACACAAGCUCACUGCAAUGAGUGUUCAGUGAUAUCUGGGCAUAGAAUAAGGAGCAGCUUUCACUCACAUCAAACAACUAGUGACAACAACACCAGUGCUGAGGUACGAUGAUGUCAAUGAUGAAGUCACCCUGCAGUGAGAUGCCAGUGAAACAGGACUUGGAGCAACCCUCAUGCAACAAGGACGACCAGUUGUGUUUGUAUCCAGAGCAUUAACACAAACCGAACGAUGCUACACACAGAUUGAGAAAGAGAGCCUGGGACUAUUGUCUUUGCUUGUGAGAGAGAAAGUGAUGGCAGAGUUUGACCAUAAGCAUCUUUCUCAAACUACUUCGAUCUGCUUCAAAGUGUUUACAAAUGAAGUUACUUCAUUUGCAGAGAUAUCACUUGGAAAUGAAGACCUGAAUGCUUUAAAGAUUAUAUGUGCAAUGUAUAUGUAGGGACAGGCAAAAUUAGAACAGACUAAGAACAAAGAACAAAAGCAUUUUUUGUUCAGUGUGAUCAUUUUCUUUUUAGACUAUUUAUGUGGAGUAAUUUGCAAACAAAAAGGGGGAUAUUUGGAUAAAUCCCUUUUUACACUGUUGCUUCCCAAAUUAAUGUGACCUUUGAUGUCAUCAUAUGUAAGUAAAGGUUUGAGGGCAGUAACCAUUUUACACACCACAUGGAACAUUGUUUAAAAUUCAAAUGGCUCCAAAUAUGAACAAUAUGAGUUUCCUGAAGCUUGGGAAACUGACCGGUGAAACGGAGGCAACUUUGAGCAGCAGAUCAGAAGGAUUGCACCGUACUACACCAGAGAAUACAGAGAG